UUUAGACUUUUGAGUUUACCAAAUCAAUAUCGGAAGGGAAGAGUUGGGAACGCCUAUCAUACGGUAACUGAAAAGGGUCAAGGUCAAGUCAAUGACCCGUUAUCGUAAAUGGGAGGAUAGGGAGCAUAUAUAUUCUGACAAACUGCGGUGCGGCCGGCGGGAGAAGAAUUCCCGACUUUGCUGUUCAGAGCGUAAUAACUCCAGUUGAAUUUUACUAGUACGAAAAGGGGAAAAAAAACUGAUCUUGGAGUUCUUAUAUCUGCAUAAAAGCUUCGUUUAUGACCUUUAACUCCUGCAAAAAUCGUUGGUGAAAUAUUUUAAUUAGGAGUUGUCUGGAAUUCUAUUUUGAGCUAGGCUUGGUGCAUUAGAUUUUGAAGCUUCCCAUUUAGGGUUUGUCACUGGGAAAUUCCGAAAGGCAGUAGUGUAUUUACUAGCAAAUGAGGAGCAGAAAUAAACCUAACAAAGCCUCCACGGUCGAACUCAGCACUUCUGAUCCUAAGCAACAACUCUGCUAUGAAGGAGAAAGUCUCCUUCGUCUCCUUGAGUUGAUUCGGAGGGAAAUAGAAUCUGCAAGAAAUUUGGAUAGAGCAUUGCCUGAAAAAGUUUGGCUCAAGCAACAAUUUUCCGUAGGGGUCAAUGAUGUCACGCGUGUGCUUGAACGAAUGCAAUCUCUUUCUUCAGUGAAAAGCUCCCCUCAGGAGCAGUCUCUUCACGGCAGCCACAAUAUGAAGAUGCCUUCGGUGCAACUCCAGGCCAUUCUUUUAGCAUCAGAUUGCAACCCACGGUGGCUGUCAAAGCAUUUGCCGAACUUGGCCCAUUCUAGAGGGGUACCAAUCCUGUUUGUCAGGGAUAAGAAAGGGGGAUCUUUAAGAUUAGGUGAACUGCUCAAGCUGAAAACUGCAAUUGCUAUUGGAAUUAAGGCUAGAGGCAAUGUCAUCAAUCAAUUUGUUGAGAAGCUCCUUGACAAUGAAAUCCAGGUGGCUGUAAGCACUUGAAUCGAUUGAUCUGCCUCAUGACUGGAAAUCAACCUUAUCAUCAAGAAUUAUGCUGGACGCACAACUAGCAUCCAUCCUUCCAUAGACUAACAAAUAGUUCGCUUGUAAAGUUUUGAUAGGUUCACCAAAUGAGUUGCAGUCCACGGGAAUGAGAAAUGAUGAUGUUAGGAAUUUUGCAGUUGGGAUCCUAAGUGCCACUAUUCCAUGUCAAAUACAGUGUUAAUCCCACUUAUCAUGUGAGGCUAGUGAGGGUAGAAAAAAUUUAAAUAAACAGCAUAUGACAAGUUAAAUAAAGCGGAUACUUAAUAUAAAUAUGGAAGUGACACUGAGUUGCGAUUGAAAAAGUGGUACUGAGGAUUUCACGUGGAAUUUUGUAUGCCAUAAAUUUUGGUAGUAGUUUAUUCACGGUUUAGGUAUGAAACAGGUUUUGGCAACGUACCAAGUAAAUCUUGAAUUGGUGGCUUUAAGAAUUUAUUAGCAUGAUCGCCGUUUAUGUUUA